GGCGGCGGUGCCGCAGCGAGGGACCGGGGUUCGCCAUGAGCCUGAUGCUGGAGACGCUGCUGGGCCCCCCCCCGGGGGGGUUCCGCAAGGACCCCACCCGCGCUCCCCCGCGCUCCGCCACCUCCAGCGGCUUCCACUCGUGGCCGGGCCCGGUGGUGGGGCGGGUUCGGGGCGGGGGGGGCAGCGCGGCCGCUUCCUCCACCGAGAGCCUGGACUCGCUGAACGGGGAACCGCGGGCGCGGAACGAGAAGGAGCUGCUGCAGGUGCUGAACGACCGGUUCGCCGGUUACAUCGAGCGGGUGCGGGCGCUGGAGCAGCAGAACCGGGCGCUGGCGGCGGAGGCGGCGGCGCUGCGGCAGCAGCAGGCGGGGCGCUCGGCCAUGGGCGAGCUGUACGCGCGGGAGCUGCGCGACAUGCGGGGCACGGUCCUGCGGCUGGGCGCCGAGAAGGGGCAGCUGCGGCUGGAGCGGGCUCGCCUGGCCGAGGACGUGGCCGCGCUCCGGGGGAGGCUGGAGGAGGAAGCCCGGCAGCGAACCGAGCUGGAGGCGGCGGCCCGCGGGCUGGCGCAGCGCUCCGCGCAGGCGGAACGGGCGCGGGGGCCGCUGGAGGAGCGAGCCCGAGCCCUGCGGGAGGAGGCGGAGUUGCUGCGGCGGCAGCACCGGGUCGAGGUGGGCGCCUUGCUGCGGGGGGCCCGCCCCGAACCCCCCGACGAGCCCCCCGCCGCCCUGCGCCCGGGGGUCACCGCCGCCCUCCGCGACCUGCGCGCCCAGCUGGAGGGCACGGCGGCCCGCAGCACCCUGCAAGCUGAGGAGUGGUUCCGCGUGAGGCUGGACAAGCUCUCGGAGGUUGCCAAGGUGAACACGGAUGCCAUCCGCUUGGCCCAGGAGGAGAUCUGCGAGUACCGCCGCCAGCUCCAGUCCAAGACCACUGAGCUCGAAGCCCUCAAAGGGACUCAGGAGUCACUGGAGAGGCAGCGACAGGACUCGGAGGAGCGUCAUCAUGCAGAUGUCCUGUCCUACCAGGAAACCAUCCAGCAGCUUGACAGCGAGCUGAGGAACACCAAGUGGGAGAUGGCAGCUCAGCUCCGGGAGUACCAGGAUCUGCUCAACGUCAAAAUGGCCCUGGACAUUGAAAUUGCUGCCUAUCGAAAGCUCUUGGAAGGGGAGGAAUAUCGGAUUGAGUCUGGCUUUGGAAUGCUCUCCUUCCCCGAGGUGGUCCCCAAGGCUCCCAGCAUCAUCACCGACAUCAAGAUGAAGAGUGAGGAGAAGAUCAAGGUGGUGGAAAAAUCUGAGAAGGAAACAGUGAUUGUGGAGGAGCAGACAGAGGAAAUCCAGGUGACUGAGGAGGUCACAGAGGAGGAAGAGGAGGCUGAGAAAGAAGCUGAAGAAGAGAAAGGAGAGAAGGCCGAAGAAGAGGGUGAAGAGGAGGUGAAGCCUCCUGCAAAAGAAGAGGCCAAGUCCCCAGAGAAACCUGAGUCCCCCUCAAAGGAGGAGGCCAAGAUCCCAGCUGUCAAGUCCCCAGAAAAACCUGCAACCCCCUCAAAAGAGGAGGCCAAGAGCCCCGCUGUCAAAUCCCCAGAAAAACCUGCAACCCCCUCAAAAGAGGAGGCCAAGAGCCCCGCUGUCAAAUCCCCAGAAAAACCUGCAACCCCCUCAAAAGAGGAGGCCAAGAGCCCCGCUGUCAAAUCCCCAGAAAAACCUGCAACCCCCUCAAAAGAGGAGGCCAAGAGUCCAGCUGUGAAGUCUCCAGAGAAACCUGCAACCCCCUCAAAAGAGGAGGCCAAGAGCCCCGCAGUCAAAUCCCCAGAAAAACCUGCAACCCCCUCAAAAGAGGAGGCCAAGAGCCCCGCUGUCAAAUCCCCAGAGAAACCUGCAACCCCCUCAAAAGAGGAGGCCAAGAGUCCAGCUGUGAAGUCUCCAGAGAAACCUGCAACCCCCUCAAAGGAGGAGGCCAAGACUCCAGCUGUCAAAUCCCCUGAAAAGCCCUUGACCCCCUCAAAAGAGGAGGCGAAGACCCCAACAGUGAAGUCCCCAGAGAAACCUGCACCCCCUGCAAAGGAUGAGUCCAAGACCCUGGUGGUGAAGUCCCCAGAGAAACCCACACCCCCCUCAAAAGAGGGGGCCAAGACCCUGGCUGUGAAGUCCCCAGAGAAACCCUCAACCCCCUUGAAAGAAGAGGCCAAGACAUUGGCUGUGAAGUCCCCAGAGAAACCUGCAACUCCCUCAAAGGAGGAAGCCAAACCCCCAUCUGUCAAAUCCCCAGAAAAACCCCCAACCCCCUCUAAAGAGGAGACCAAGACCCCAGCUGUGAAGUCCCCAGAGAAGCCCCCAACCCCCUCAAAGGAGGAGGCCAAGACCCCAGCUGUCAAGUCCCCUGAGAAAGUCCAAUCUCCUGUGAAGGAGGAGGCCAAGUCUCCACAGAAGGACGCAGCCCCUGCCAAGGAGCCCACUCCCUCCCCUCCAAAGGAGCCAAAAGCCCCUGCAAAGGAAGAGCAGCCCAAGGAGGCGAAGGCUCCCUCCAAGCCCAGUGCUGAGGAGGGCAGGAAAGAGGAAGCUCCCAAGAAGGAUGUCCCAGCCAAGGUGGAGGAGAAGCCCAAAGAGAAGGCGGCUGCUGUACCGGAGCCUCCAGCCCCACAGGUGAAGGAGGAGACCACCAAGCCGGGCCCCAAACCUGUGGAAGAAGGGAAGGCUGAGAAGGAGGCUCCAUCAAAACCUCAGCAGGAGGUCAGCAAAGCAGCUGGGAAGGAGGCUGAGAAGAAGGCAGAGGAGCUCAAGAAGGAGGUGGUGGAGGAGCCCAAAGCUAAAGCGAAACCCAAAGAUGAGCCCAAAGCCAGUAAAGAGCCCCCCAAGGCCGAGGGCCCCUCCAGCAAGGAGGGCAAAGCCCCAGAGCCGGUGCCUGCUGCAGGGAAGAAGUGAGCAGAGCCCUGAGCACCGAAGAGCACCUGUGGGUGCGGGAGCUGCUCCGCUCCGCGGGCCGGGCCCAGGGUGGGGACACCCUGCCAGGCCGGGCUUUUCCUUAGCAAUAUGUCCGUGUGAGAGAUGCAGCCCCGGUGGUUGGGCCGAUAGCUUCCCUAGCAGAAUGUGAUAUACGCCGAGCGCCACAUUUAAACACUUGAAUUAUAACCGAGGAGAAGAGACCCCGGGGGAACCGCCUGCCCUUCUCCAAUAAGUGCAUUUAUUUAAUGUAUGUGCAAUCAAUGGAUGAGUGCAAUGCAGAGCUCUAGCUGCUUGGGGGGGGGUGGGGUGGGUGGGAGGGUGGUGGCAGGGUCCUGGAGGUGACAAUUGUCCCUCCAAAGGGUGACCCAGGCUGCAGCCAGCUUGGGUGGGAGAGGCUGGGCACUGCGGGAAGGCUCACAAGACACACAGUGCACUAGGAACCUCAGCCCACUGUUCCUUGCUUUCUGUGCAAUAACCAAAUAAAGUGCUUAUAGAGA